UCUGUUGACUGCAUCAUGCCGAAGUGUCGUGCGUGUGGUAAAUAUACGGCGAAUGCUGACUGUGUGCGUUGUACCAAGUGUGCAAAUGUGUACCACCGCGGCUGCAGCGGCCUGCCCGCUGGUCCUAUCCCUCUAAGGUUCGCUUGCCCUGGCUGCAAGGCCAAGAACGACGUCUCGUCAGAAAGCUCGAGCCCCGGUGAUGACAUAAUGGCCCCCGGAAAAGGCGAGGCCGAAUGUACCCGAAUGCUCAGCGAGCUCAUCCGGGAGGUCCAGGGACUUCGUAGCGACCUCAAGGAAACACGAGAUGAGAUAAAACAGUUUAAGGCCGAUCUGCAAGCUUGCUGUAGACGUAUAACUUCGGUCGAAGAAAGGGUUCUAGAAGUAGAAAAAAAAGUUGCCACUAAAACUAUCGACAAUGUUGAUCACCUCGAGAAUACGAUAGCGGACCUGAGGAUACAGUUGAAUGAUCGAGACCAAGAGCUGCUGCUGAAUGAUGUUGAAAUAGCUGGACUACCUGAAGAGAGAAACGAGAACGUCCUACAUCUCGUCAGCGUUGUAGCUGUAAAACUGGGCCUGACCCUAGAGGAUCGCGACAUCGUGCACGCGGAGCGGCAGGGCGCCGUGAGACGCAACCGCGGCGACGGUGAAGGCGCGCCGCAGCAACCGCGACCGCUCGUCGUGCGGCUGGCGCGGAGGGCUCAGCGCGACGCCUUGCUCCGCGCCGCGCGCGUCCGUCGCGGCAUCACCACGGCCGACAUGAACAUUGCUGGGACGCCGAGGAAAUUCUACGUCAACGAGCGACUCACGCGGAAUAAUCGGCAGCUGUUCGGUAAGACGCGCGAAGCGGCUUCCCGCUUGCAAUGGAAGUACGUGUGGACAAAAGGUGGCCGAAUAUUCGCUAGGAAGGAAGAAGGUAAGGCUAUUGAACGAAUCAGUAGUGAAGAAGACAUUAAAAAAAUUUUUGGAUCUUAAAUAGUUGGUCAGUAAUAUGUAGUGAUAAACGCUUUUACAUCGUAGGGUGUACUUGUCUUGCUAUGUUUCGGGUCCAGUACGCUUGCACUUGCCCUUUUUGUUGCCACUGUUGUUUUGUGUUAUUGUAUUUAAGAAGUACUUAUUGUAAUAUUAAAAAAAAACGCUUGUUAACUUAUAUUCAUUUUGCACAAUAUUUGACACAUUACUUUUGUACAACCGGUGCGCCAACGACUUUUGUACAGUUAAUUAAUUUCUCGUUGUUUACAUGUUUUUAUAUUUUGAAUAAAAUUGUACUUUUGUAUGUCUUUUUCCCUACUUCUUGUAUAUCAUAUGUCUGUUGCAAUGCUGUUUGGUUGGGUCUUUGCUAUUUUGUUUUUAACUAUUUCAAAUCUUAUUUAUUUAGGUGUAUAUGGAAUCUUAUAAUGUUAUUAUAUUUUUCUGUGUUAUAUGGGAAGU